UCUUUAAUUCAAUUCUUGACCACUUUUGAUUCAGAAACAUCAAUCUAGUACAUGUUCUUCUGUUCAUGCAUUCAUCUCUAAUCAUGAAUUUCCAUCUAAUCAUUACCAACAAACAAAAACCAAUCUCAUUACUACUAAUAAUUCAACUCAUUCACUCAUUCUCAACCCUCACAAAUUCUCAAUCCACACUUUGUAGAACUUCUUGUGGCACCAUUCCAAUCCAAUAUCCUUUUUCCAUUGAUGAUGGUUGUGGAAGUCCAUAUUACAGAUACAUUCUUUCUUGUUCAGAUUCACAAAAGCUUGAACUAAGAACACCUUCUGGUAGAUACCCUAUUCAUAAUGUUAGCUAUUCUGAUCCACACAUUGUAGUAACUGAUCCAUUCAUGUGGAACUGUGAAGAUGGUGAAAAUUAUAGACCAACAAGACCAUUUAGUUUAGACACAAGCACACGUUUUAAGCUUUCACCUCAAAAUCAGUAUCUUUUUUUCAAUUGUAGUGAAGAAAAUGUUAUUGUUAAACCAAAGCCUAUGUUUUGUCAACAAUUUCCUGAACACUGUGAUUCAUCUUGUGACAGUGCUAGUUACCUUUGUAGACAUUUGCCGGUGUGUUCUUUUGCUAUGAGUGGUAGUUCUUGUUGUUCUUAUGUUCCAAAAGCUAUUGAAUCUUUGAGGUUGAUGCUUAUGUAUUGUAGUAGUUAUGCUAGUGUUUAUUGGAGAAAUGUUGGUGCUCCUCAACCUUAUGAUCAAGUUCCUGAAUAUGGGAUUAGAGUUGAUUUUGAUAUUCCGGUGACGACGCGGUGUCUUCGAUGUCAGGAUCAAUCUAAAAGUGGUGGUGGAACUUGUGGAUUUGAUACACAGACUCAGAAUUUCAUGUGUUUAUGUAAGGAAGGAAAUUUCACUACUCAUUGUAAUGAUUAUGAUAAUGCAAGGCACAAUAGGAAUGUUCAUGUAAUUGCAGGGACAGUUACUGGUAUUUCAGCUUUUGGAGCACUUGGAAUUGGAGGUGGUAUUUGGUACUUAAAGAAAGUGAGAGCUAAAGCACCAGUAACAUGUGGAGUUCAAACCAAUGAAAACAGGCUUUUCUAAAGCCAAAACCAACCACAUACAUACAUACAUACAUUUUCCUUUUGUUACUUUUUUUCUUAGGCCCCUUCAACUUGCUUCACAAUUAUUCUGUUAAUUUCUUGUUGGCAUCUUUAUGUUUGCUUGUAAGUUUAUUGAAAGUAAAACACUCUUUUGCAGUGCAUUAUCUUAAAAUAAUAAUUAACCUGCAUAAUGUUACAAACUAUAUAUAUAUGAGAGAGUUGAUUCAAUGCCACAUGACUCACUUGGU